AUUGCCCAUGCCCAAUAUAAUUGCUACAUACAUUCCCUUUCGACCAGGCGAUCCUGUCUCGAUCCUACAGAGGACAGCCUGUUGAGAACUGCAUUCGCGCCUACGUCCAUCGUUUUCCUCGACUUUGUUUGAUGCUCAUAUUUUGCCCGUCACUGAAUGCGUUCCUGCUCCCCUCUGUCAUUCCUCGAGUCCUCCUGAUCACACCUCCCAUCAGCCAACGCCGUAAUGGUACGCGUUCGCGAGAUACCGCGCACGGCUGCCUUUGCAUGGAGUCCCGAUGCCACAUCGCCAUGGAUUGCUACGGGCACAAAAUCUGGUGCUGUAGAUGUUGACUUCAGCAAUGACACCAGCCUCGAAUUGUGGGAUCUUGGGUUGGACAACCACCAGCAAGGGCAGGAGCUGCAACCUACCGUUGCGCUUCCCACAGAAACAGGCUUUCAUGACAUUGCUUGGUCUGCUCAAGAAGGGCGCAAGCGAGGAAUUAUUGCAGGUGCCUUCGACAAUGGUUCCUUGGGCGUUUGGGACGCCGAUAAAGUUGCGACAUCAGCUUCCGACUCUUCAUUGCUCUACAACAAAGUCCAUACUGGCGCCAUCAAGACCCUGCAGUUUAAUCCAAAGAUCCAAAAUAUCCUUGCCACAGGUGGUGCAAAAGGCGAAUUGUUCAUCACAGAUUUGAAUCAAGCCAAUUCCCCAAUCAGGCUUGGGAGUACCGCUGCACGAGCAGAUGACAUUGAUUGCUUGGAUUGGAAUAAAAAAGUCUCCAACAUCUUGGUGACCGGAAGCUCCGGUGGUUUUGUCACAGUAUGGGAUAUGAAGACAAGGAAAGAGAGCUUGACGCUCAACAACUACCAACGGAAACCAGCCAGUGCUGUUGCUUGGGAUCCUGAAAAGCCCACAAGACUCAUCACCGCUGUACCUUUAGACCAAGAACCCGUCAUCUUGGUGUGGGAUUUGCGGAACUCAAAUGCGCCCGAGAAGAUCUUGAGAGGUCAUGAUUCGGGCGUCCUGUCCGUCUCAUGGUGUCCCCAGGAUAACGAUCUCUUGUUAUCGUGUGGCAAGGAUAAUAGGACCAUCCUCUGGAAUCCUCAGAGCGGACAGGCAUACGGCGACUACCCAGUCGUCACCAACUGGACCUUCCAGACACGAUUCAAUCCCCAUAAUCCUAACCUGUUCGCUACAGCAUCGUUUGAUGGAAAGCUCCAAGUUCAGUCUUUACAAAACACCAACCCCAGCAAUGAUCAAUCUGACCAGAGCCAGACUGCUGGAGACGAAGACUUCUUUUCCAAGGCGCAGGUACAGCCUCAGGGGUCAUCUUUCACUCUGCCAAAGGCCCCAAAGUGGAUGGAACGCACUGCAUCCGUAUCCUUCGGCUUCGGUGGACGCAUUGUAUCUGUCAAACAGGCAGAGCCGGGAAAAUCUCGUGUUUCCAAAGUCAGCAUCAGCAAGUUCGAGGUCGAUUCAGAUGUUGGAACUGCUACCGAAACCUUCGAGAAGGCCAUACAAUCGGGCGAGCUGACCGCACUUUUUGAGCAAAGAGUCGCAGUUGCAAAAACAGAAGAAGAAAAGGCUAACUGGAAGGUCAUCGAGACAUUGGUCUCGGCAAACCCAAGGAAGGAGCUUGUUAAAUAUCUCGGUUUUGAUGACCAAGCUGUGGAUGCUACAAAUGGAGUCGAGGAUGAACCUUCUGCUCCCGCCCCAGCAGAAUCAGUCAAUGGCUCCAACAAAUCCCACAAAAGAUUUCAAUCAAUCUUUGCUAGCGAUGCUGAUGGCGAUUUCCUCGCUGAACUGGCUGCGACCAAGGGCACCAAGACCAACAAUCCAUUCCAGAUAUAUACAGGCCAAGAAUCGGAAGCCGACAAAGCGAUCACAAAAGCCUUGAUUCUGGGUCAGUUUGACAAGGCUCUCGACAUCAGUCUCAAGGAGGACAGAAUUGCAGACUCUUUCAUGAUUGCGAUCUGUGGCGGCGAAGCAUGCAUCAAAAAGGCACAGGAGGCUUACCUGGCAAAGCAGGGCAGUGGACCCAACUACCUAAGACUCCUAGCUUCGGUUGUCGGCAAGAAUCUGUGGGAUACUGUUCAUAAUGCAGACCUGUCGAACUGGAAAGAGGUCAUGGCAACUCUUUGCACCUUCGCAGACGAAAAGGAGUUCCCUGAUCUGUGUGAGGCCCUUGGUGACAGAAUCGAGGAACAGCUUGACGACUUGGCUGGUGUUGGUCGCCAAGAUGCCUCUUUCUGUUUCUUGGCCGGUUCAAAGCUGGAGAAGGUCGUUGCUAUCUGGAUUCGAGAGCUGAAGGAGCACGAAGAGGCUGGUGCAACGGAAGGAAAUGCCUCCUCUGCAUUUUCGCUCCAUGCCCGUGGCCUUCAGGACCUCAUCGAGAAGGUGACUAUCUUCCGCAAAGUUGUCGGCUUCCAAGACACCGAACUAUCCAAGACUGGAGACUGGAAGCUGGAAGAUCUUUACAGCAAAUACCUGGAGUAUGCCGACAUCGUAGCAGGAUCAGGCCAAUUGGAAGCGGCAAAACGUUAUCUUGACCUUUUGCCACAAGCCUACCCUGGGGCAGAUGUUGCUCGAAGCCGGGUUCAACAAUCGAGCAAGAAGCCCACUGCUCCAGCAGCAGCAGCAGCAUCGCUCACCAGCACAACCCCCAUCCGACACAAACAGCUCCCGCAAGCGGGUUCAUACCAGCCUCCAACGUCCAGCUUCUCAGCACCACCCCCUCAACCUGCAGCUCCUGCUUUUGGUGGACUGGCCCAGCCUCAGCAGUCCACAAACCCGUAUGCGCCGCCCAUGUCAAAUCAAGCUCCCGUUAACCCAUAUGCCCCCCAAGGAGGCUACCAACCGCCACAGCAAAUGAGAGCGGGCCCUCCUCCUCAAUAUGGACCCCAGGCGACCUCCAUUCCUCCACCUCCACGAUUCACCCAGUCGCCAGCCAUCCCUCCUCCAUCCCAGGAUAGAAAUAUGACCAAUUGGAACGAUAUCCCAGAAGGCUUUGUGAAACCCCCAACAUCGCGUCGAGGCACCCCAGGGGUGGCUUCGCAGCCUGUGAACAAUUCAUUCAACCAGAUUCCUCAGCCUGGACCACCACCGCCGCCAGCGUCCUCGUUCGGCCCCCCAAAGGCUAGAACGCCGCUUCCACCUCCGCCAAAGGCUGGGGCUCCCCCGAGAGUAACUUCUCCCUUAGCAGGCGGACCGAUCCAGCCAGAACGCCCGCCGUCAGCUACAAAUCCAUAUGCACCAUCUCCAGCACAGGCGCCGUCGCCAAGUAUUGGUCAGAACGUCAUGUCGCCGCCAAUCGCACGCGGUGCUUCUCCAUUUACUGCCCCGCCCUCUCAUGGACCUUCUGCGCCCAAUCGAUAUGCUCCGGCGCCAGGAACCCAGACUUCAGCAGUCCCAACAGGGCGACCAAGCAUUGCUCCUCCGCCUCAACAGUCGUCUUUCCAAGCACCUCCGCCACCUUCCAAUCCCUAUGCACCAACACAGCAGCCAGCGCAGGCUCGACCAAGCCCAUACGGACCAUCACCGACAUCGCAGGUCCCACAACCGGCAGCCAGCCCAUCAUUGCCUACCCCCACUCAACAAUUCACCUCAGGCCCCCCGCCAACCACUGGAUCAGCGCCGCCUCCAGGCAGACCCGACACCGCUGGGUCGGAGACUAAAAAGGCCGCGCCACCAGCACGCAAAUAUCCCAAAGGCGAUCGUAGCCAUAUUCCAGCUCACGCACAACCAAUUGUCGAGAUUCUCUCUACCGAGAUGGCACGAGUGAAAGCUCGAGCGCCCGCGUCGUUCAAGCCGCAGGUGUUGGACACGGAGAAGCGUCUCGAUAUUCUGUUUGACCAUCUCAACAACGAAGACCUGCUCAAGCCCGACACAGUUGGCCAAAUCCUUGAGCUCUCUAUGGCUUUGCAGAACCGUGAUUUCCAAAGAGCUUCUGAGAUCCAGAUGGAUGUGCACACGAACAAAGUGGAAGAAUGCGGAAACUGGAUGGUGGGCGUCAAACGCUUGAUUGGCAUGUGCAAGGCGACGCCUUAGAAUUUUUCAGACGAGGCACUGAGACUGCGCUAACGCUAAAGGCGAGAAUGAAUUUUGAGCGUUGCAGCACCAAAGACAAUCAAUUGAAGAGAGUGACGGGUGGAUGAUGUAGAUGAUGUGUACGUGAGAGCCGAGCAGCUUGUAACAAGCAUACGAACACACACACGAAUACCUAUAUACCUACAUGGACGAGAGUAAGAAAUGCAAUGACAAUGACUCGUUUUGAA